CUCCUCCCUCCCAGACUUGUUGCUGUAAUGGAGGCAAGCCUGGAGGGAGCGGGUGGUGGCCGGCUUCCACUUCCUGGAGCCGUUGAUGCUUUGGAUCCAGAGAAGUUAAUACAAUGUCCAUAUGAUAAAUCUCAUCAAAUCAGGGCCUGUCGGUUUCCCUAUCAUCUUAUAAAGUGCAGGAAGAACCACCCUGAUAUUGCAAAGGAGCUAGCCACAUGCCCCUUUAAUGCCCGCCAUCUGGUUCCCAGAGAUGAGAUCAGCCAUCAUAUAUCAAGCUGUGAUGACAAAAGCUGCAUUGAGCAAGACAUUGUGAGUCAGUCGAAUAACUGCUACAGAGAGAAAAUGAACACUGUCAGCAUGUGGCAGCCGCCCCCAUGUGACGAAGACUGGGAUAAAGAGAUCCAGGAGCAAUCAAAUUCUACGUUCGUUUGGGGCACGUUCAAUAGUGGCAUAAACAACAGCCCUGGGUCCAGCGUAGUGAUGGAACCAAAGAAUAACCUAAUGCCAGGCAUGAGAGCACCCAAGUCCUUGCCAUAUAGCCUAUCCUGGAAAAGCAGGACAUCAAUGACUUUCAGUCCCAAGAAGGAACUGAAAGAGACCCCAAGAUCCUGGCAGUGUCCCCCCUGCCAAGAGGACUGGGAGGCAGACGCAGAUGAGUCUGGUGCUACUUCUCCUUUUGUUCUUGGCUCCAAGACAAAUCACACCUUAAGCACAAGUCAAAGUCUUGGUGAGAGAGGCCGGGAUGGAAACCAGCAAAUGCAGGCCGUGAGCACCUCAGCAGCAGCAUGGACUCCAAAGGGUCACUCCUGGAGAAAUGUUGAUGCUUUGGAUCCAGAGAAGUUAAUACAAUGUCCAUAUGAUAAAUCUCAUCAAAUCAGGGCCUGUCGGUUUCCCUAUCAUCUUAUAAAGUGCAGGAAGAACCACCCUGAUAUUGCAAAGCAGCUAGCCACAUGCCCCUUUAAUGCCCGCCAUCUGGUUCCCAGAGAUGAGAUCAGCCAUCAUAUAUCAAGCUGUGAUGACAAAAGCUGCAUUGAGCAAGACAUUGUGAGUCAGUCGAAUAACUGCCACAGAGAGAAAAUGAACACUGUCAGCAUGUGGCAGCCGCCCCCCUGUGACGAAGACUGGGAUAAAGAGAUCCAGGAGCAAUCAAAUUCUACAUUCGUUUGGGGCACGUUCAAUAGUGGCAUAAACAACAGCCCUGGGUCCAGCGUAGUGAUGGAACCAAAGAAUAACCUAAUGCCAGGCAUGAGAGCACCCAAGUCCUUGCCAUAUAGCCUAUCCUGGUAAAGCAGUAAGUGCAAAGACAGGUGGUCUCCCCAUGCUGUAAGCUGGGGCCUACAUGUUAGCUCAAAGUGGCACGGGACAACUUUCCUCUGUAUUUUGAUUCCACGUGUCAGCAUUCUCCUACAUAAACUGAAAUGCUUUUAUUCCCACCAUCAGCAAGUGGAGAUGGAGAGCUCUGUAACACAGUCCUCCCUAGAAGCAGCUGCAUUUCUGUGGUGGGUGGAGUGUCUUCUGUGUCCAGGUUUUAUUUCGUUGUAAUAAAGGUUCGCUUGUGGCAAA